AAAGCUCUUUCCAGCCAGAAUUAUUCUGUGUUUCUGUGCUGCUGGUUUGUUCAGACAAUGUUUUGAAGGAUGGAGUCACAGUUUCUAAGUGAAGCAAUGAUGCAGCCUGCAUCAGGGGAGCAGGGGAGUAGGGAGUAGAGUUAUACGCAUUCACAAGAUUGAUGGUGUGUUACAGCACAUGCAGGGUGUGUUCCUGUCAGCCUGGAGUACUGAAACAGCUCUUCUUUCCUCUCUGUUGGAAACCCAAAUCUGCCUGAGCACUACUAUCACACUACAGACCACGUGAAAACAGGCACAGGUGGAGAAGCUGAGACACUUAAUAACUUAAGACCUGCAGUUUUAUGCUUGCUUCACUUGCAAAACAGUAGCCCACCUCUUCAGGACUUCUAACAGCGUGAAAUCUAAUCACACAGUGUUAGUACGUUUUGGUACUGGAAUGAUGACUACUGCAGAAGUUGUCGAGAAGAAGCAAAAUUAUACUAGUGUACAUGAAGCAGUAAAAGCUGGUGAUGUAGAACAGCUUGCAUUGAUGAUUGAAAGCGGAGCUGGUGUUAACGAGGUGGAUGUAGUCCACAAAUUCACACCCUUGCAUUGUGCUGCCCACUCUGGAAGUCUGGAGUGCCUUCACUGGUUGCUCUGGCAUGGAGCUGACACAACUCAUGUGACUGUCAGAGGCUGGACAGCGGCUCACCUGGCGGCCAUCCGAGGGCAGGAUGCCUGCAUGCAGGCUUUAUUAAUAAAUGGAGCAAAUGCAGAAGCUCGGGAUGACCGUGGGUGCACGCCGGCACACUUGGCUGCAGCCCAUGGGCAGUCCUACACUUUGCAGACCAUACUGAGAAGUGGAGUGAGUGUAAAUGUUUCAGACAGGAAUGACUGGAAACCUGUUCAUUAUGCUGCUUUUCAUGGUCGUUUAGGGUGUUUGCAGCUUCUUGUUCGAUGGGGAGCUUGUAUCGAUGAUGUGGAUAACAAUGGAAACCUUCCAGCCCACCUGGCAGCAGUGGAAGGUCAUUUGCAUUGCUUUAAGUUCUUGGUUGGGAAAAUGGCCAGUGUCACACACACCCUGAAAGCCAGGAAUGACCAAGGAGAGACUCCAAGGGACUUGGCUGAACGGUUCUAUAAAGAUAAUAUUCUGCAAUAUAUUGAUGGUAUGGAAAAAGAGGGGGAGCAUCCAGAGGCACAGGAAGUUUUAGCUUUCCCAGCUCAUGACGCCGCUUUCAAAGGGGACUUGUUAGGGCUUAGAAGAUUAGUGAGAAGUGGAGUAAUCAAUAUCAAUGAGCGGGAUGAUAAGGGAUACACUCUCAUGCACAAAGCUGCUGAACAGGGGCAUAUCCAUUGCUUACAGUGGUUGAUUGAAAUGGGAGCUGACUGUGACAUUACAAAUGAUGCUGGAGAGACUCCAAAGGAUGUAGCCAAGAGAUGUGCCCAUCUGGCAGCUGUGGAACUUUUGAUACCAAGGACUGGAGAUAGUAACUCUAGUGAUGAAGAACUAGAUGCAAACAACAUAAAGUUUUUUGAAAGACAUGGUGUGGAAGGGAGUACAGAUAGCAAAGAAGAUCUAACCCUGGAUAAAGCAGAGAAAAAGAACGCACGCAUGAGAGCCUAUCACAAGAUUCAAGAACUUCAGCAACUUCUAGAAAUUGCCUACAGCAACUACAGACAGCUGGGAGGAAUAACUGAAGAGGAGAGGAAGGUGAAAAGAGAAGAAAGGAAAGUCGAGAAGGCUGUGAGGGAGCUGGAGGCCCAGCUGGAGUAUGAGCGAGUCAGACGGGAGAAGCUGGAGAGCCAGCUGGAUGACUACCGUGCUGAGAUAAGCCACCUUAAGGAGAGCCUGGAGAAAACCUCCAUCCCCCCUGCUGUCCCUGUGGAAGCUGAGACAAUUGCCAAGUCUUGCAAAGACAAAAAGAAAAUCAAGAAGCAGCCAGCCUGCAGCCCAGGAGGAGUCUUUGUGAGGCUACGUUGAAAUGACCCUCCAAGGAGGGGCAGGAGACUGCAAAGGUAGAAAGGCAAUAUUCCAGACAACGCCAAGUGUUUGCAUGGUCCAGCAAAGCACAGAUGAGUUGUGCUUCUCUGCCUUUCACUGAACUGUGGUUUUAGUUUUCUGGUGCAGCAGCAGAAAACGUGGUUUAGCAAAAGCUGUGCAAAUUAUAAACUGACAUUUCAAGAGUUAACAGCAGCAAUGUCAUAGGCCCUCACAGUUCCGAGGGAAGUACCUCUGUCUCCUGGUAUAUUUUGUACUGUGACCUUAGAAAGGAAAAAGUGUACAUCACCUCCUAGAAUAUUCAGAUAGGACCUUCAGUGUGGAAGUAGAAUACAGUCUCCAGAAGAAUUACUUCUCAGCUGCUGACAGGUACCGGGCACUUUGAUUUUCAUCUUCGAGUCAUUCUGAAAGAAGCCAGGAAGUGACUCCUUUGUGAGGUGCCAGAUGAACUGCAGCAGCAGCAGGCCUCUGACUCAGGGCUGAAGAGUUUAUUAGGGUAUGUGCCACGCCAUGGUUAGAAAUGGCAACCCUGACCUCUCCUCCAUACCUAAAAAACAUUUAAUGACUACACAUAAAAAUUUUUUUCUCUCAUCUGCGUGCUAUUGUGAAGUUAUUUUCCCUUUGGAAAGCCUCAUUUUCAGAUUUUUUUUUUUAGUGCUCAAGUCCUGAUAUGUCCUCUCCUUAAGUACCAAAGAAAACAAUCUCAGAAUAUCAGAGGUACUGAAAAAUAAAAAUCAAUGUUUUUGUGUGCACAGUGAAGGAAAGGCACACUAACAGCAUAAGCCUUGUAUCGGAAUUAAGAGAAGAAAUUCAGUCUCAAGAGCCCCUUCAGGGUUGUGAGAUGUUGGUGAGAAGAUGCAAUAGAUGAGCUCUUUCCUACCUCACCACUGGUGCUAACCUUUGAUAUAGGAACACUCAGAUAGUCAGAUGGCAAAUAUAAGAAAUUAAUUUUAUUUUCUUGAAUGAAGAUGAUAAAUAAUUUAAUGCACAGAAUAUAAGAAUUAGCAGAAUACCAGCAAGUUCAACUGUAAACAGAAUAAAACUACAAUAAAAAAAUUGCCAGUACUCACUACUCCAUAGUCCUAAACCCAUAAAGGGCCUAUUCUUAUUUCAAGGUUAAUCCAGAAGGACUAUUUAAAAAUUAUUAUUUUACUACAAGAAUCAAACCAAGCAUAUGCAUUUGUACUUGAGAUGUGACUGCUUCAGUUUUGAAGGUAUUCACCUGCUAUGUUGCAUCUCUGCAACAAAAGUUUUCAAGUCCUUGCAGAAGGUAGAUGGGUCAGGAGGGUCAGUGUGUCAGGAUUACAGAACAGUCCCAAGGAGUGUGGAGAUGGGAAGAGGAGGACUAUCACCACCACCACACUGGCACCAAUGGGAUGCUGAGUAUUUCCAUGUUACAAGCCACAUACUAUGCCCAGAAAAUAGGUGUGGGUUCAUUAGAAAUACUCUGCACUACCUGAAGGGGGGAAAUUAAGAGUACUUAUCUACCCUGGGGCUGUACAUGGUUGCUCAGAGUGGAGGCAUUUCCCUUUGGAAAGAGAGAGAAGUUCCCCCAUCCUGUUGACUUCUGGGUUUACGGAAAUUGCAAGAGAUACUAAAAAAAAUAAAUUUGUGGAGACAUUUUAGUUGUACAUAAGAUUUUAACUUUAUGUAAACCAGUUUUCAAGAAAAAAAGGGGUUUUUCAGUAAAGGCCGUGGAGUGUGUUUUUAUAUAUGUAGAUAAAAACCCCAAAGGACCAGGUUUCAAUCCAUCAGAAAAGUGAGGAACAGACUGAAGACAAAAAUCCAGAACCUAUGCUUAAGAUUAUUAUACUUAGAUCAGAGAAGAUAUCCUGG